AGAAAGCUGUUCGGGGCAAGCCAGCUAGAGGAGGAUAGUACAAGCGUCACUGGAGGUGCCAGAGAUCGAAUCCGAGCGGACAACAAAGUAGAGUAUUAGUUAUUUACAUUUACGAUUAUGAGUAGUGACUGGAGAUUCAGAUUAAGAUUCUAUGGUUGAGGUUUUCCCAAGUGUUAGGGCUUUGUUUUAAGAGAUUUCAGUUCAUUUCAG